GGCCUCGGCUACCGACUCCGAAGAUGCCUCGGCCAUGCCUUCGGCUCUCUGGGACCCUAGCUGCGCGGCUUCCGCCCGCUUCAGAAAUCCUGGGGCAUUUUCCGCCACUCAACACCGCCCCCUACAACCCCGCAGCCCUGCAGAGUGGUUCCGCUGCCUGACCUUUCCGCUCUUACCCGUCCCUCUCUUUGUCUAUCUCCGUAAGCACUCGGGAACAACUUCUCUCCGUGACUCUCAGUCCUUGGGGGUCUCACCGUGUGGCUCAGGCUGGCUUCGAACUCGCGAUCCUCCUCCUUCAGUGGAUGGGUACAUGCUCUGCAAGCUGGAAGAGGGGAAGGGACCUGGGCACAACGUCCUACCUGAGACGCCACCAGUACCUGGUAGCUGCCAUCAUCCCUCUGAAUUCCGGAUUCCCUAUCUUCAGAAAGAUGGUGCCUGGUUCUGUUUUGUCCAGAACUUAUCAGAAUUAAAUGAGGCGCUGAUUGUGGAGUGCGGUUGGACAGGUCAUCACCCACCUGUCCUGCCCCUGUGUGCCUCAGUGUCUCUGCUAGGUGGCCUGACCUUUGGCUAUGAGCUAGUCGUCAUAUCCGGUGCCCUGCUGCCACUGCAGCUGGCCUUUGGACUGAGCUGCUUGGAGCAGGAGCUCCUGGUGGGCAUUCUGCUCCUGGGGGCUUUCCUUGCAUCCCUGUUCGGGGGCUUCCUCAUUGACCGCUAUGGCAGGAGACAAGCCAUCCUGGGGAGCAAUGUGGUGCUGCUUGCUGGCAGCCUGAGCCUGGGCCUGGCUGACUCCCUGCCCUGGCUGCUCCUGGGCCGUUCAGUGGUUGGCUUUGCCAUCUCACUCUCAUCCAUGGCUUGCUGUAUCUAUGUGUCAGAGCUGGUGGGGCCGAAGCAGAGAGGCGUGCUCGUGUCCCUCUAUGAGGCAGGCAUCACUGUGGGCAUCUUGCUCUCUUAUACCCUCAACUAUGUCCUGGCUGGCACUGCCUGGGGCUGGAGGCACAUGUUUGGCUGGGCAGCUGCACCCGCUCUCCUGCAGUCCCUUAGUCUCCUCUUCCUCCCUGCCAGUGCAGAGAGGACGGCAGCCCACCAGGAUCUCAUCCCGCUCCAGGGAGGGGAGGCCAGCAAGCUGGGGUGGCCUCGGUACACCUUUCUGGACCUGUUCAGGGCCCGGGAUAGCAUGCGAGGCCGGACUGCAGUGGGGCUGGGGCUGGUGCUGUUUCAGCAGUUUACAGGGCAGCCCAAUGUGCUGUGCUACGCCUCUACCAUCUUCCAUUCUGUUGGCUUCCGUGGGGGCUCCUCAGCCGUGCUGGCUUCUGUGGGGCUCGGUACUGUGAAGGUGGCAGCCACCCUGACUGCCAUGGGGCUGGUGGACCGUGUGGGCCGGCGGGUCCUAUUACUGUCUGGCUGUGCCCUCAUGGCCUUGUCUGUCAGUGGCAUAGGCUUGGUCAGCUUUGCCGUGUCCCUGGACUCAGGCCCCAGCUGCCUGACCCCUUCCAAUGCCACCCAGCAGACAGACCUGCCUGGAAGCUCAAGCCUGCUCAAGGGUUCAUCUCCACCACCAUUGCCAAGAAUCAGCAGGGAACAAGGGCAGCCAGUCUUCUCAGUUACUGAAAGAUCCAAGGCCCAUCCAGGAGCCCGAGAAACCUCAGCAUCUUUGGAGCCAGCCCUGAAUGCCGUCACCCCAGAGUCCCCCAGUCCUCAGGAGCACACCCUGCUGUGCUGGGCUGCCCUGAUCUGCAUGAUGGUUUAUGUGAGCGCCUUCUCCUUUGGAUUUGGACCAGUGACCUGGCUGGUCCUCAGUGAGAUCUACCCGACGGAGAUCCGAGGGAGAGCCUUUGCCUUCUGCAGCAGCUUCAACUGGGCAGCCAAUCUCUUCAUCAGCCUGUCCUUCCUCGAUGUCAUGGGUGCCAUUGGCUUGUCUUGGACCUUCCUGCUGUAUGGGCUGACUGCUGUCCUCGGCCUGGCCUUCAUCUACCUAUUUGUUCCUGAAACAAAAGGCCAGUCAUUGACUGAGAUAGAACAGCUGUUCCAGAGGAGUGGGUUCCAGAGGAGCGCUGGCCAUAGGCAGAACUCCGAUGGCUUCCAGUACCACCGCCUGGGGGUCUCUGAGGCUUCCUAAGGAGUCUGUCUGCCUGGAAGAUGCUGGAACAUUGGUUUCAACAAUCCAUCUCCAGCUCCCUGUCUGCUGGGCCCAGAGCCCAUGAUCCAGAUUUCCUUCUGGAAUCAACCCAGCCCCAGAUGAGGCCUCUUGUUGGGGCGAGAUGAACCCCAAAUUCCGCAUUUUGAGGCUCUAGCUUCAUGCCUCAGUUUCCCCAUGGACUUGGUGUAUGUCUGCAGUGUUUAUAGUGAGAGCAUUCUCUGAGCUCUGUCUUUGUCACACCUCUCAUUCCCUCACCCAGUUAUUUAUGAGGCACUAGGAUCUGAGGCAAACAGAGGAAAGCCAGAACAAAAUGCUCAGCAAGGUGCCAUCAGUUGGCUCUGGGGACAGCUGGUACCUUGAUUCCAGAGUCAGCACCCUGGAAUGCAAGGGCCAGCUCCAGCACAUGACAAGUGCUGGGAGCCGAGCCGUUUCCAAGGUGGGGCAGGGAGCUCUGCAGGAAGGAAGGGAUUUGGAGGGACACACUGGAUGCUAGUUAGUGUGGCAUCUACUUUGUGUGCUAUUGAUCUUGGGAAAUGACUCCCUCAAGCUUCAAUUUUCUUAUCUGCAGAAUGGGGACAGUGGGGUCCCUUGGGGUAUAUUGAUUGAUUCCCUCUCAGGAGGGUUUUCAGGAGGCCUCAGGGAAUUUCUGCUCACUGAGGACCCCUCCUUUGUGGCACCGUAAAGAGUCAGUCAGAUGGAGCCCAGGAAGUGGCUGAGGUUGGAGGUCAUGUAAGGAAGACACCAACAAGACGGGGUUAGUUCCUGGACACUGGGGAGCUGCCCCAACCUGCCUUAUCAGCCAUGCCUUCCCACCCCGACCAGCGCAGCCCCUGAAGCCAGCCUUGGGAUUUCCUUGCUCUUUAUUUCUAGAGAUUUCCCUCAUAGCCAAUGGCAUGCUGGAGCUGGCUUGUACUGGCUUCCUGGAGCUGGCUGGCAUGCUUUCAGAUCUGAAAACUGGUUGUUAAACACUGCCAUUAUUUUAAAAAUGAGUUAUUUUAAUUUAUAAUUACAUUAUAUUAAAAAGCAAAGACAAUACUCAAAUCAUUGCUGCCUAGCCAGGUGUGGUGGCAUGUGUCUGUGACCCCAAUACUCAAGAAGAUCAAGGUUCUAGUCUAGUCUGGCUACAUAGUGAAGCCCUGUCUAAAUAAAUAAAUUAAACUAAACAAACCAAAAUAAAUAGGUAAAUUAAGAAAAUACCAACACCUGUUGCCACCUCCUGGUUUCACCACUGUUUCACCUUUCUGUUGCUGGGCUGUGCUCAUGCUGCGUGUCUGAUGGACGUGGAGGGAGACGUGAGCAUUUUUCUGGCACUCAGUGUCUUUGCCUUCUCUGCUUAAACUGAUCCUGGGAGUAUUUUGCAUCCCAGAGGUUAGGGAAGACUACAGACCAGGGCUUGACUUACUGUUUGGUUGAUUUUCAAGAGUUGAGAACUGGGACUGGAGAGAUGGCUCAGUGGUUAAGAGCAUUGACUGCCCUCGCAGAGGAACUGGGUUCAGUUCCCAGCACCCACGUAGUGGCUAACAACCAUUCAUAACUCCAGUUCCAGAGGA